AUGACUAUAACCAGGAAUAGGUACUCGCAGACACAAAAGAACAACAAGAAGCCACUCAAGGUCUUCCAGGCCAACGUCAGCAAGAUCCCUCUGGCCCACGACUACGCCCUGGCGCUAGCCGACUUAGAACAAUAUAACAUUAUACUCUUGCAGGAGCCGUAG